CCGAGCGAUUGAGACACGCGCACAUAUGUACGCAUCAAUGAUGUCUCACCGGUUUGCCGGCGCUGGUGCUGUCAGUCUAUCCAGCACAGCACGCACCAGCUUCUGCAGCAGCUCCAAUAUGCCUUCGCUGGCAGCAGGAGGCGAAUCUGGGGCGUCCAAUACCGACACUGGCCGUGUCUUUGGUGCCUCAGCAGCUGUGGCGCUUGCCGCUUCUCUCAACCGCUCCUGCUUAUUCUCGUCUCCUUUCAGGCCACACGAGUCAUCCUUUGCUUUGUUCUUGCUCGUCUCUUUCUUGGGCUUCCCCUCUUUCUUCCUCUCCGGCUGUGCCGCCGCCUUCUGCUCAUUGUUAGGUGUUGGCGGCCGCGAUUGUGUGGGUAUGGGUGUGCCGUCAGUGAGUGAGUAGGCCGGCCCACCGAUCUGCUGCUCCGUCGUGGAGUCCCACCGCAGAUUAGACGCCCGGUUAUCGUCCACAUUGCCAUUCAGAUGGACGAAGUUGAGAGACAGCAUGUGGUGGGACUCGUACCUCCACAAGUGCUCCAGCUCCCUCUCGCGAUGCACCAGGGCAACCAAGUUGGCGACGGGGACGCCUGUCUUGGCCUUCCGAAGGCACCAGGUCGUCUUUUUCAUGCCCCACGUCGUAUUUGUG